CGCCAUUCCACUUCUUUCAUAUAAAUGAAUUUCAUGACUCACCGCACAGCUCAUCUUCUCUCUCUACAUGGGGCAUCGGCAGUCCUCUCCGAAGGGCCUUCCAAUUAACUCAACGUUCAAAUUGCCGUCUCAAGUACCAGCUUGGCCUCCUGGUACUGGAUUUGCAACCGGAAGCAUAAGCCUCGGAGAGCUGGAGGUGUGUCAAGUUACAACAUUUACAAAAAUAUGGUCUUACAAUGAAGGUGGUGUGGACAACCUUGGCGCAAGUUUUUUCAAACCAGCCAGCAUACCAUCUGGAUUUUUCAUGCUCGGUUGCUACUGCCAACCGAACUCUAAACAGCUCUCCGGUUGGGUUCUUGCCGGAAAAGGCUCCCAAACUCUCAAAAUUCCGGUAGACUUCUCGUUGGUAUGGAGUAGUGAGUCUUUGAAUAUAAAGCAAGAUGAUCAUGGUUACUUCUGGCUGCCAAUUCCUCCUCAAGGCUACAAGGCUGUGGGUUUUAUGGUGACCUCCACGCCGGAGAAGCCACCUCUUGAUGAAAUAAGGUGUGUUAGGUCGGACCUCGUCGACGAGUGCGAGUUGGACACGUGGGUUUGGGAUCAUAACAAGGAUAAUGGUGAGGUUAUAAGCUUCUAUAGUCUAAGGCCAACACAUAGAGGAACCAGUGCUGUUGGAGUAAGGGUAGGAACAUUUUGUGUCCAAGUCAAUGGGGAACCCAAUUACCUGACCAAUGUAGGCUGUUUGAAGAACAUGAGCCGUGACCCAUUUUCUAGUUACAUGCCUAGUCUCACACAAGUUGAGGCCAUAAUGAAGGUCUACUCCCCAUGGAUCUACUUCCAUCCAGAUGAGGCCUACCUACCUUCGUCAGUGCCCUGGUUCUUCACCAAUGGAGCCCUUCUCUACCAAAAUGGCAGCUCGACGCCGACCCCCAUCGAUCCGGCCGGGUCAAAUCUCCCACAAGGCGGUUCCGAGGAUGACUCGUACUGGAUCGCGUUGCCGGUCAACGAAACUGAUGCCGGGCGAGUCAAGAAGGGUGCCCUACAAAGUGCAGAGUGCUACUUGCACAUCAAGCCCAUGCUGGGUGCCACUUUCACUGAUGUUGCCAUAUGGGUCUUCUACCCCUUCAAUGGUCCAGCUAGGGCCAAAGUGAAGCUAGUCAACAUCUCUCUAGGCAAGAUUGGGGAACAUGUGGGAGACUGGGAGCAUGUAACACUGAGAAUCAGCAAUUUCUCAGGGGAGCUGUGGCAGGUUUACUGUUCACAGCAUUCUAAGGGCACUUGGGUUGGUGUGGAAGACCUAGAAUUUGAAGGGGGGAACAAGGCUGUGGUCUAUGCUUCUCUACAUGGUCAUGCUUUAUAUCCAAGAGCAGGGCUUGUGCUUCAAGGGGACAGCAACUUGGGAAUAGGGAUAAGGAAUGAUACAGCAAAAGGAACCAAGAUGGACACUGGUGAAAGGUAUGUUGUUGUUGCAGGUGAGAGCUUGGGCUCGGUUGCUGAGCCUCCAUGGCUGAACUAUGCGAAGCGCUGGGGACCAACCAUCACCUAUAACAUAGCGGUGGAGCUGAAGAAAGUGACGACGAUUCUCCCUGGAAAGCUUAAGGAUGCACUGGAGAGUGUGAUCAGAAAGCUCCCUGCAGAAGUUCUUGGGGAGUCGGGACCUACAGGGCCAAAAAUGAAGAGUAAUUGGUCGGUUGAUGAAGCUUGAAGGUCUUAUAAUAUGAUGAUGAAUGUGGAAUCCAUUGGGAUUUAUAUGAAGGGGUUUUAAUUAGUUUAUGAACUUGCAAUUAAGCUCUUGAACCGCAAUUGUUAGGGGUUUGUGGAAUCUAUACCGACUGAUCACUUGUAAAAUACUUAAUUUAAUGAUAUAUGCAGUUCAU